AUGCCUGAUUUAAUUGAGCUUCAAAGGAAAUAUCUCCUAGAAACUCUUGAGAGUAUUCAAACCCCACAUAAUAUCAAAUUUUUGGUUAUUGAUGAAUAUACUGGUACUUUGUUCGAAUCUCUAUUUGUUUCUGCAAAUGAUCUACUUAACUACGUGACGAGUAUCGAGAAAAUUGAUGCUCGAGGAAGGAAAGGUCAAUCUAGUGUUGAGGUCAUCUACAUGCUACAACCGACUAAGUAUAAUAUCAAUUGUAUAUCAGCAGAUUUCUACAAUAGAGAUAGAAAAUACUCGAAGGCCCAUAUUCGCUUCUUACCUGGUAUGGAAAAUCACAUAGCGAACUUCCUAAGGGAUAAAAAGACUCUACAACCUUUCAUUGCUUCUAUGAAUGAAAUAAAAUUGGCUUUUGCCCCAAAGGAAACUCAAUUUUUCCAAACAUUGGACAUUGAUAAGCCCUUUCAAAUCUUUUAUAACAAAAGUUGUGUAGAAUUGAUCGAAAAGAAUAUUAAUAAAACUAUCGAGUCAUUAAUCAACAUAUGUAUUGUUACAGGUGAGUACCCUAUUAUACGAUAUGCUAAGGCUCUACCCCAUGAAGUUAAAUUAUCUCCAGCGACCAGGUUAGCAGAAAAGUUAGCAGUUCAAUUCCAAGAAGCCUUAGACUCAUACGUACGUGAUCACCAGGAUUUCCCUCCGCCAUCUUCAAGACCAAGAGCCAUAUUUAUAAUCACCGAAAGAUCUUUGGAUCAAUUUGCACCCAUAUUACAUGAUUUCAAUUACCAAGCUAUGGCAUACGAUUUGGUGCCUGACAUUGAUAGGGAUGAUGUGUAUCAUUAUAAAGCUGAGAAUGAAGCUGGUGACUUGGAAGAAAAAUCUUCCAAGUUGGCUGAUUUAAUAGACCCAGAUUGGGUUGAUCUAAAACAUCUUCAUAUUAUAGAUGCUAACGAACAAUUGAGUGGAAAAAUAAAAGAAUUAAUAGCGAAGAAUCCAUUAUUAGUAGAUAGAUCUAAAGUGAAAAAUACCACUGAUUUGUUAAGUGUGGUUGCUCAUUUAAAGGACUUUGACGAAGACAGAAGGAGGAUAAUGCUUCAUAAGAUAUUAAUAGAGUCAUGUUUGAAAAUCAACCAAGAAAGACAAUUAACUACUAUUGCUGAGGUCGAACAGAAUCUUGCUGGAUUCGGGUUGAACAUCGAUGGCGAAAAAUGUAAACAUAUAAUAGACACAGUCCUAACAACCCUUUUGACCAAGGAAUGUAACAUUACAGACAAAAUUCGUUUGCUGAUAGCAUAUGCACUAUUUAGAGGUGGCCUGAUAGAAUCGGAUUUCUUGAAACUUCUAAGUUUCAUUGGAGUGAGAGAGGAUCAUGAAUUUUUCCCCCAUUUCAUAUUGUUAUUCAAGAAUUUUGAUAACUUAGGAUUUAAAUUAAUCAAGGAAAAUGCGCGCGAUAAACCAUUCCAUAAAGCAUGGUUUCAUGACACAAUUGUAAAGGAUCCAAAUAUUUACGUUACAUCAAGAUAUGUACCAGCUGUCGGUAAUAUUCUUUCUAAAGUUAUUGCGAACCCUCUGUUAUUAAGCGAAGAAGAGUUCCCUUACGUUAAGGAUAAACCUAUUGAUUUAUUAGAUGAUGAUGAAAGAGAAGCUGUCGGAGCUGCAGCUACUGCACAAUCUUCUUCAUCAUUGAGAAACUCAAGACACAAGGCAGCAUGGUCGAGAAAUGGUAACUCGCUAAAGAAUGAAGGUCCAAGACAAAGAUUCUUUUAUUACGUUCUAGGUGGUAUAACAUACUCUGAAAUUAGAGCUGCUUAUGACCAAUCUAAUUUAAAGAACAAAGAUGUUUUUAUUGGCAGUGAUGGUGUUUUGAAACCAGUCUCAUUCCUGAGGAGUGUUGAGAACUUAACUCAACCAAGAGAAGUCUUGAAUUUAAAUGAUGACAGAAAAGUUAAAGAUGAUAUUCCAAGUUUCUUAAUGGGUAGCAACAUGAACGCACCCGUUUCUCAUGUGCAUAGUGCAGCACAGUACGAAGUGAAGAAGAACAUAAUUCCAAUAGUUCAAUCACCACCAAUGGAAGAAAGUACGGAGAAACACAAGAAACGUAGUAAAUUUAAAAAAUUCUUAAAAAAGAUGGAGAAGUAG